AUACAUUUGAAUUUUAUAAUAUGACUUCAUUUGGUUAGGAUCCCUAAAAUGUCUUUAAAAGAUAACUUACGUAAUUCAAAUAUUCAAAUGAGUUGUUCAACACUUUGUACUUUAUUCAACCGUUUUAUAAACAAAAUGUAUAGAACGUCUAUUAAAUAGGACAAUUUGACAUAUUGUUCACAUACCGAUAUAAUCAGAAGCUUUGGACCUUCAAAUCAGUAGAAAUAUAAUCAGGAUGUUCUGACCUUCGCAACAGAAGAAAUAUCAUCAGAAUCUUUUGAUCUUCAAACCCGGAGGUGGCAGUAAUGAUGUACCGCAUUAUUAUAAAUUUACCAAAUAUUGAUGAUGGUUUUAGGGAGGUAGAAGUGAUCAAGAAGAUAGACAGUGGACUGUGGUGGAAGUUUGAAAGAUUUGAGGCUAAGCAAAAUUCAUUACCCGAAUCCGACGAUUGGUGGCGGCAAAUUUUUAACACAAAUUUACAUACCAAAGGUGUUGAAAGUGUGUCAGGGCUGUUGGUAACAGGGAUGGUGUUUCUGACUGCCAGUUUCAUUUCCGCAAUAUGGUUGGUGUGCUGCUGUUGUUGCAGUGGUCGCCAGAAGAUGAUGGCCAUGGUCGUGGACGUUGUUACAUUGUUUCUUGCAGCUAUCUGCAUUGCUGCCGGGGUCAUCGUAUAUUUCAAACAAGUCCUAAAUGAUUACGAAUUGAGUGAGAACGAAAAACAUUUAGGUGUGAGCUUCUGGUUGGCAGUAUCAUCAUCGGUGGUGACGUUCCUGGUCGGAGUUUACUUGAUUUUUCAGGCAUGCAAUGAGAAUCGAACAUCAUAGGACUUCAUGUGUAUAAAAUAAACAAGCAAUAAAGUUUAUAAAUAUAUUUUUCAUAGUAUGAAUAGUAUACUAAUAAACUUUGAUAAUGUGGCAGUUGACCUGAAUACAAUCGACACUGUUUAUUUUCCAAUACAGGUUCCAAUAAUAGCUUUACAAUAGGUCUAUGACGGAUUAUCUUUGAACACCCCUGGACUUCUCGGACUCAACCGCCACAUUAUCAAAGCUUAUUAGUACUAGUAUUUUUCCUUUUUAUAGUGGGACGUAAAUAUUUCAAAGGCAACAAACAACAACAUUAAAAAACACAUAUAGACCGAAGAUGCACCGUUUUUAUUUCGCCUGAAUAGAGCUAUGAAGUAGAUAUAACAGAAGUUUUUAUUGAUUGAUUUACAAUAGAUAUAGUACAUUAGUCCUACUUAAUUGCCCUUCACCGAUGUGGGUUCGAGCCUCACUCAGUGCGUUGAAUUCUUUAUGUGUGGAAGCCAUCCCGCUUGCUUAUCAGUUGUUGUUACCAUUUGUUUAAUAUACAUAGUACGCAUGUCAGAAAUGCGCGAGUAUAUUUUCCCGUUAUCAUUGCUGUAAUCCCAAAUUGUCAAAAGAUUGUUCCGUUUAGCUUUAGAUAUUGUAGAUGGUCAAUUUUUUUAGCUCACCCGAGCACGAAGUGCUCAAAGGUGAACUUUUGUGAUCGUCCUGUGUCCGUCGUAGUCCGUCGUCAACAAUUUGACUGUGAACACUCUAGAGGUCACAAUUUUAACCCAAACUUAAUGAAACUUGGUCAGCAUGUUACUCUCAAAAAAUUUCUUGGACAAGUUUGUUAUUGGGUCAUCUAGGGUCAAAAACUAGAUCACAAGGUCAAAUCAAAGGAAAAGAUUGUUAACACUCUAGAGGUCACAAUUUUGGCCCAAUCUUUAUGAAACUUGGUCAGAAUGUUAGCCUCAAUAAAAUCUUGGAUGAGUUUGAUAUUGGGUUAUCUAGGGUCAAAAACUAGGUCACCAGAUCAAAUAAAGGAAAAGCUUGUUAACACUGUGGAGGCCACUUUUAUGACUGUAUCUUCACGAAACUUUGUCAGAAUAUUAAUCUUGAUGAUCUCAAGGCCAUGUUUAAAUCUGGGUCAUGUAGGGUCAAAAACUAGGUCACCAGUUCAAAUCAAAGGAAAAGCUUUUUAACACUGUAGAGGCGACAUUUAUGACUGUAUGUUUAUGAAACUUAGUCAAAAUGUUAAUCUUGAUGAUCUUUAGGGCAAGACUGAAUCUGGGUUAUCUGGAAUUAAAAACAAGGUCACCAGUUCAAUUCGAAGGAAAAGUUAGUUAUAACUCUAGAGGCCACAUUUAUGAUCUUAUAUUAUUGAAACUUUUUCAUAAUAUUGAUCGUGAUGAUCUUUAGUUCGAGCAUACCGAAGAAUAUUCCUCCGGCCAAUAAUCGAUAGCGGUCAGAUUUUCUAUAUAGAAAUAAGAAGGGCAUGUACACAUUUUACUUAAUAACAAAAUUACUAAAAAUAAGAAACCUUAGGUGCAAACAUAUUACCAAAGUUCAACAUUUGAUUCAUCACAAGGUUUUUUUAAAUUAAAUUUUAUCUUAAUUUUUGAUUCGUUCUUCGCAUGAAGUUUGAUGCCAUCAUUUCGUCAUUUUUUCCCUUCUUUGUUUCCAUACAAAAUGUGCAAAAAUCUCAUAUAUGCGUUUCUUCAAAGCAUUUUUUAUAUAAAACCAUUGAUAUGAAAGCUUAGGUGCAAGAACUUUCCUACUCUCAUUGAAUUUAUCUUUUGAAUGAUAUUUAUUUCAUUUUUGUGAAAUAAAAAUUUGAUUCGUUCUCAGACGGUUUAUUUCCACUAAUUUCGAAGAAAAAUUAACUUCAGCGCGAAGUUGUUGUUGUAGCGUCAUAAGCAGACGAUAUUAUAGUAUGCCGCGUGAACAUGCGGUAUUGUGAUCAAAAGGUUAAAGUAAUGAUUUAAUCAUUUAAUGUAAUUUUACUUCGCGAGUAAUUCAUUUUGUGUUAAAAUCACAAAUUAACAAUAUAAGAUAAAUAUUGCAUUUUAAUAUUUCGGUCCUAAAAAGAAAGAGAUGCGCAUUUCUUCUUAUGUUGUUGUUCUCACCUUAUUUCAUAUACAUUUAAAUAUCAAGUGUCAAUUAUGCCAAUUAUGUCAAUUAAACAUUAAAAGAGAUAGCUUUCCUAUCGACCCUUGGAUCACAAAUGCAAACUGUCGUAAAAAAGGUAAAAUACAGAAUUUUUUGUAUAUAUUUUACUUAAUAAUUUUUAGUAAAUAAAUUCAAGGUCCGCCUUGAUCAAAUUAAAGCUGGAAAAUAUGUUUGUAGCAUUUUUUGUGUACAAGAAUGUUUUUGCAAUGUAAAUAAUAUCUGCAUUUAAAACAGAAUUGAAUUUUACUUCAGUAAUUUAAUGAUAUAUUUUUGUUUUCGUGAAAAUUUUACCUGGUUUCAUGAUCUUUUCAGUUAUCAUAAAUGUCGUCGUGAUUAACUUACUUUCAUAAUUUAUUGUACAUGUUCAAUUCAAGAUAAUUUUACAUGAAACAAAUUUCUAUACUGUAAUCCUAUUGAAUGAUAAUUUAUAGAAGUAAUAAAAUGUUGUAUGCAUCAGGCAUAAAUCCUUUUUAUUGGACCUGUAAUAAAACUUGCCAAUUACCUCUAAAUAAGGAACGUUAAAACAACACAGACGUUUAUAACACUGAUAAGGCUAUAAUUGCGUUUUGAAUUUAAUACGGGUACUUGUUUUGUAAUUACAAGGUAAAAUUAUCAUGCGAUUUUAAUCUAUUGCAUAUUUUUUAUUUUGCAAACAGUUUUCAUAUAUUGGUGGAAUAUGUGUUGUUAUAUUAAAAUGAAUAAUGUCUGCUUGAAUACGGCAAAAUACCUGUACCACGCUGAUUGCCACUAUCUUCUUUUUUUUUAAUUUUACAAACAUACCAUAAUUUUCGAUUCAUUGGACUUCCUAUUUUGUCUAUAUGUUAAGAAUUACUGAAUUGAUAUAAGUGUGAUGUUCAACCAUUUCAGAAUAAAAUAAUUCAAAACCUACACCUGUGUAAUUAUAAAUUGUAAACAGCUGUUUAAAAAAAAAAUAACUUACGUAUGUAUUUUUGUGACAUAAGAAUGGACGUGGUAGUGGCUGUAGGUAUAAAUCAUAUCAAUCAGACAAUUUUAGAAUAUAUUCGUCAAGUUUAUUAGUAUUUUGUGACUUCCCUGUUUCAAGUUCAAGUCUGGGUCACCUAGGGUCAAAAACUAGGUCACCAGGUCAAAUCGAAGGAAAAGCUAGUUAACACUCUAGAGGCCACAUGUAUGAAUAUAUCUUAAUUAAACUUGGUCAGGAUGGUAAUCUUGAUGAUCUAUAAGUCAAGUUCAAACCUGGGUUAGGUGGGGUCAAAAACUAGCUCACUAGGUCAAAUCAAAGGAAAAGCUAUUUAACACUCUAUAGGCCACAUUUAUGAGUUUAUCUUCAUGAAACUUAGUCAGUAUGUUAAUCUUGAUGAUCUUUAGGUCGAGUUUGACUCUUGGUCAUGUGGAAUCAAAAACUAGGUCACCAGGUCAAAUCAAAGGAAAAAGCGUGUUAACACUGUAGAGGCCACGUUUAUGAUAUAUCUUCAUGAUACUUGGUCAGAAUGUUAAUCUUGAUUAUUUUAAGGUCAUGUUUAAAUCUGGGUCAUGUAUAGUCAAAAACUAGGUCACCAGGUCAAAUCAAAGGAAAAGCUAGUUAACACUCUAGAGGCCACAUUUUUGACCAUAUCUUAAUGAAACUUUGUCAAAAUGUUAAUCUUGAUGAUCUAUAGGUCAAGUUCAAAUCUGGGUCAGGUGGGGUCAAAAACUAGGUCACUAGGUCAAAUCAAAGGAAAAGCUAUUUAACACUUUAGAGGCCACGUUUAUGACCAUAUCUUUAAUAAUGAAACUUGGUCAGAAUGUUAAUCUUGAUGAUCAUUAAGUCAAUAGGUCAGGUGAGCGAUACAGGGCCUUCAUAGCCAUCUUGUUAAACGGCCGACCAUUUGAACUUCUGUGUGGGGGGAGGGAUUCAGUUGGAGCCAACAUAUUUUUUUGCCUUCCAUGAAAGGAAGAAUUUCAUUUUCAGAACUUGUCAGACUAUUUUUUACAGUAAACCAAAGAUAAUUUCUUUCUUUUUUUCUCAAAAUAUUUUAUUGUAAUACUUGUAUUAUUCAAAACUAACAAACGCGAUAAAGACAUACAUGUAUAUUCAUAUUUAAUAGUUUGCUUAAGUACACAUGAAAUAGCUAAAUUUAAGUCUCUUUGAUUUAAUUUUUAAAUAUGAAGAACUUUGACCAAAUUACAGUUCCUUAUUUUUAGCACAUUAAUUUACCUUUUAAUGGUUAUAUACAUGAAUUAUAGAUUGAUAAUGAGUCUCACGGAGUAUAACCGGCCAAAACUGGAUGUUGAUCGGGACAAAUAAGGGGAUUCGGGGGCGGGUGUCGGGGAGAGUGAGACACUGCAGAAUUUUUAUGUAUAUUCGGAGAUAUAUAUACUCUCCCCACUUUGGAUUUUUUUGGAUAUAAUAAUUAUAUUUGUGAACAUCUUGUAUAUAUUUGUGAGUAGCCCUGGCCUCUGGACCUGUGUGGCUUAUCUGAUUAAAUGCAAGCAAAAAUCUGUAGGGAAAGGGAGAAGAAGCAAACUAUCUUGUAUAACUAGAAGACAGUGUCUCUGUUUUCAGCUCUCUCAUUGAGAUCUGAGAUCUAGGCUUCAAAAAUGUAUGUUUGCAGUUUUUUAGGAACAAUGGUGCGUUGGAUGCACCCUUUACUCAGAUAGUGUACACACAGUAUUAUAUAUGUGUGUAUGUAUACCAGGGUGUCGGAGGGUGGGGGAGACUAUUCGAGAGGGAACUCCAUCCUGUAAUAUUUAGAUAUUUUAAACACUACCUCCUGCAUCCUGGUGAGUUUUUAGAGAAAGUGAUUUCUGUCAUUAAAUAAAGUUUCCCAGGUGUUUUACUAUUUCAUCUUAAGAACGAUUGUAUUUUAAAUAAAAUUUUUAUAAUAAAUAGUGAAAAAUUAUAAAUAUUGUUAUUCGCUUUCUUUGAUCUAUGUGCUUGAGAGCUGUUUUUCAAUAAAUGGUUAUCUUAUCUUGA